AUGCCGUUUUACGCUGUUGCAGCAGGACGGUCGCGCGGCAUCUUCACGGCAUGGGACAACGGAGCCAAGGAGCAAGUGACGGGUUAUCCAUCGGCCAUAUUCAAGAAGUUUAACACUGAAGCAGAGGCUGAACGCUUUCUAAAUCAGCAUGAUAACGUUGUACUUCGGAAACGCCCUCGCCUGGACGACGGCAUUCCAAGCGAAGCCACGACUGUCGCUCCAUUGCGCACGCGCCAACGAACUGAUGCAGCUCCACUGGGAAAUGGAAGCGCCGCUCGGCGACAACCCCACUAUGUGGUGUCCAAAGGCCAUUCGACGGGCGUGUUUGCAACAUGGGGCGACGUUGAGGGUGCAAUAUUAAACUUUCCCCAGCCUGAGUUUCGCAAGUUUUCCACGAAACACGACGCCGACGCGUACUGGGCCCGGCAUCGUCCCGAGCCAACUGGGUCGAUCUUAAAGACGGUCCCUGUGGUGGCAACGUCGUCUCGCUCUCAGGCGGCGGCUUGUCCUGCGCCAGGAACAACGAAUGCUCCACCCACGAAGUACUACGCAUUGGCGAAAGGUCGAAAAGGCGUUCGCGGGAUCUUCUCAUCAUGGGCAGACGUGGAACCCCAUGUUACCAACUAUUUCAACGCCACGUACAAGUCGUUUUCGUCGUUGGAAGAGGCGGAAACGUACAUGCGUGCCCAAGCCGCUGUCGCGGUCGGAGGAACGAUGGGCACCCUGGCCACUGACCCAGAUCCCCUGGACCCUUCGACACUCGUGGCUUUCUGUGAUGGAAGCGCCAUCGGCAACGGCAAAGUCUCCUGCAGGGCAGCGUUUGCGUGUGUGUUUCCGCACAAUGAAUCGUGGAAUGUGGCGGAGAAGCUCCCGAUGGGGCAGGCUGCUGCUGCCACCAACAACAGGGCUGAGUACUUGGCGGCGCUGGAAGCGCUGAAGCGAGCAAACAUCCAAGACCCGAGCCAAAUCCAACCGCUGUACAUCUUUUCCGACAGCAUGCUGCUGAUCCGAUCUCUUACGGAGUGGCUGCCAACAUGGAUCAAGAACAACUGGCGCAAAGCAGACGGCGAAGCGGUGAAAAAUGUCGACUUGCUCCAUCAAUUGACGCUGACAAGGGGCAACAGGCGCGUCCUGUGGCAUCAUGUCAAGGCCCAUACGAACAAGCGCGACUGGAAAUCCAUUUGGAACGACAAGGUCGACCAGUUGGCGCGGGCGACAGCACUGUCCUAGAGCCAUCCUUUCGAGUUUGACCGUCUUGAACAAGACAACACUCGGCAGCAGUGUGUGCGUCCUUCGCUGUCCAUGCAAGUUGUGCCGGCAAUUCCGCGAACGUUCUUCAUGUGGCACGUUGUCGCCAACGCAGACGUCAUUUGUGUCGGUGCAAAGUGCACUAGGAAUGCCAUGGAUGUGUAUAAAACCGUUCACGCCGACUCUCGAUUCGGAGCACUGGCUCAACAUGGCCUGCAGACUCUCCUCUCUCGAUCGUGUUCGUGGUGGAAGGGGCAGAGAAAACCA